CACAAUUUAACAACCAGGAACUGGCGUGUGAUUGGCAGUACGACAGGUCCAGAGGUGGACCUGUGCACCGUGUUUGAACAAUAAAUAAUGUAGUAACCGGCCGUUUCUAAUUUUCAAGGUUGUCUGCAAACGUGUCCAUCUUUCGGUCAACAUUUCUAGUCGGCAUGAAUCUCGGGUAAGUCUGUUUAUCUCGAAAAACCAGCAGCUAGCUAGGUUAGCAUUAUGAUCAGCGAUGUCGCAUUGAUGUAAACGGAGAUUUUUCGAUAUUUCAAGACAAAUGCGAUCAAUGCAGCACCUUUGACACAUAUCCCUUAAAUUUAAGGCACUAUAACCGAUCUCCCAAGAAUCAUGCAGGUAUAAAAUAAAGAGUUGUUGAUGCGGAUCAGCCUUAAACCCACAACUGUGUUUUCAGACUUUACUGAGAUUUUCUUUUCUUUGGAAAACUGGCUUAACAGAACCAGAGAGGGUGAACCUGCCAUUCAUUCUUAGAAACUGAUUAUAAAACUGAAGAUAUUGCAGUGUUAUUUGUUUAGUAAGUGACCUUUAAUUGGAUAAGAAUUGCCAUUAACGAACGACAGGUGAGAUUUGGGGCUCCUGAUGACAUCAACCCACUGAGCAAUAGACGGCUGUCUAGAUUCUGUAUAUCUGUAGACGGAAUUAAGACGUUGCACUUUAACCCAUUAUUUGAUAAGUAUUUAUUUCAAAAAGCAAUUGUGAGUUGCAUAACUGAUCUCCAAGUACUAAACCAAAAUAAUUAUGAAAGCCGUUGAGCAAAAUACUGGUAGACCUCUGUUAGCUGGCUAGUCUAAAUUUGGUCUAAAUUUAGAUGUCUGAAAACUUUCAUUUUUAGACCUGUGGUAGCCUGAUUUUAGACCAGUUGUCUGGACUACAUUUAGAUGUCUAUGAGACCUCCUUUUAGACCAAAAAAUGCUCAGUGGGAAUCUGUUCGACAGAAGCAGAAAAACGUGACAAUACUCACUCUGUGUCCUGUUAAAAUAGUAAUGAAAAUAAGUUUCCAGCCCUUUAAAGCAACCGGCAAUAUCAGCAAGUAAGACCAAAUGAAGACAGGUUGGUCGAUUUGCACCAAAAUCGCAGAUGAUAACACAGCCAAGCAGUUAACUGGUUUAUCUGUGUCCCAUUAAUAGUUCAUUGGAUGUGUGUGUGAUCACCUUUGCUAUCCAGAUAUAAUCACUGUUGAAAGAGUUUUGAAGAUCACUUCGGGGAUCAAUAAAGUUCUUCUUGUGAUAUGUCUUCAAGAACCUCAAGCAAGUCCAGUUCAGAUAAGAUAAGAGGUACUUUGUAAAUCCCUGAGGGGAUAUUCAAUUGCCCUUUCAACAAAGAAUUGGAUAACUAUGACCUGGAUGAAUGAGAACCUACAGAGACAUUGUGGAAUUUUAACCAAUCAGAAUCAAGUAUUUAACAAAGUCUGGGGAUUAAGAAGAAAGUCAGGUCAUAAGAAUAAAGAUAUUUUUUUUAUCCCAUCCUAUCUGCUAAAAAAACAUUGUCUAACACAGUAAAAUUAAAGCCAAAAGACUACAGCCUUCACUGAGUUUUUUUUUUCUUUGUUUUGUAACGUUGAUUUUUACUCUUUUACUUCCCUUCUUCAUGAACAGAGACGGCCUGCUGUUUGAACUUGAAAACGGGAAACCCAAGUUGAUUCUGCUCAGUCACAGUAAGAUCCUCAGCUUCUGUUACAUCUGUCCUUCUCAUGUUUUCAAAGAAUAUGAGUUUAAUUUGACUUUGAUGAAAUUAUUAAUGGAUAUAUUAGUUGAUGACCAUAAAAAACUGAUCAGCAGUGGUUUUGGCAACAAGUUUCAGUCACACUCAGAAAUGCUCAGUCAUAUGUUGUUGGAUUGUGCAAAAAUCUUAAAACCUAAUCUGAUGAUUACUUCUGUUAUAAAACUGUUUUUCAUUAAAAUACUAUUUUUCUUUUUGAAAUUUCAAUCAACUUUGAAUUCUCCCUCACAUCCAUGAGUGUAAAAUGAAAAAAGUAAGAAUAAGUAGAAUUUAAAACAUGAAAAAAAUCCAUUAUAUGAUUCUAUAACUUUGGCCUUCUCAGUGGUUAGAUUAGGAUGUUGACACUUGAGUUCAAUGCCUUCUUUCAGAUUUACUUCAUAUUAGUUAAUGUGAACCUGCAUAUGUUUCUUUCUGUGUUUGGUGUAAAAUUCAAAGCUGCUCACUCUCCUCCUUCUUCCUCUACAGGUGUUGAGAAGCAUACAGCAAAGGUAGGGCUCCUGUUUACAGCCUCACAAUAACAUUCCUGAACUUUAAAGUAUCUCCAAACUUUGGUUGCAUGUUGCAGGAAGCACAGGUGUGAAAGGAAAGACAGUUAUAAUCACAAUGUUGUCUCUAUUUUUGUCUGUAGCCAUCCAGCAGGCCCAGGGCAGCUAAUGUCCUCAGCUCCAGGCAGCCAUCCCUCAUAGAGGAGCUGCAGGGAGAGGAGCGUCCAGCCCGUCAGCUCGCAGCGAGGCAUCGAGAGAGCAAGAGCAAAGUAGGAGGAGCAAAUACCUCGAUCACCUCCAACAAUGCACCCACUGCAGGGUGUAAUGUUGUGGCAAAGGUAAAGGCUCGUGCUGUACCCAUCUAUGUUGUUUUAGUCCUUAUCCUCCAGGUUUUAACAGCUCUGCUCUUUCUCUGUUUUUGUGAAGGUGAGGUCAGACAGACACAAGCACAGCACCAGCCUGAGAGCCAAUGGGAAAACAGGACAGACUCAGAGCAGUGGGACACGUACCGGUGGGAAGAGGGGACAAAAAGAGACUCUACUAAACAGGGACACAGGACUUAAGGAGGGUUUGGUGUGUCUGACCAACGAGCAGCUGCAGAAGAUCCUCAACUCAGUCCAGACCUCCAGCAGCAGCAGUCCCCGACCCGUACAGCACAAGAGCCACGGUAGACCAAGUUCUUAGACGAUGGUUGGAUCUCCAGACGGUCAUUCCUUCUCAGUGUAACAAACGUGUAUUUUUAUGUCAGAAAAACAAACAGGUUUGAAAGAUAGUUCAUCAACAAGCAAAGGAGGAGGAGAAACAAAGAAGGAAGAUGGAGGAAGAGGAGAAGAAAAACAGCCAAAAGCAGAUGGUGGAGGAUCUACGGAGACACCUGGAAGUUCACUGGAAAAAGACAGCAGGUGGGAAGCUGACAGCACCAUUUCUGCUGAUGUGGUGUUUUCACAGGUUCUCUCUAAAUUGAUGGCUGAAAGUGCGGCUGCUGUUUUCCAGGUUGUCUGGGUGUCUGUCCAGCUGGUUGGAGGAGCGAGAGUCAGAGAGCCGAGCGGCCGUCGACGCUAAGAAAGCUCAGUGGAGGAGAGAACUCGGUAAACUCACAUGAGAGGGUUAUAAAUUUUAAAUGGAUGAAUCAACUUUAUUUGUCCACAUUGUCACUGUUAUUAAAAUCAAAAGGAUUAGAUGUAAGACAUUUUGAUUUGUAGGUGAAAGGAAUAAAUAAAUCUUUUUUCCUCUCUCUUUGUCAGAUGAGCAGUUGGCUCUGAAGCAGCAGAAGAAGCAGCAGAAGCAGCAGCAGCGCUCUGCACCCAGCAGACUUCAGGUGCAGCGAAUACCUCUCCUCUCACUGUCACUUUGUUGGUUUCUCCUCAUGUCCAACACAAGCAAAGUGUAAUAUGUCGAAGAUGACUUAGUUUCUUAUUGAACUGUUGACAUUGAUUCUGCACCUUGUGUCAGAAAGAAGAGAAAAGUUUGAGUUUCUUUCUCUCGGGUAAAGCAGAAUUUGUUUUAAUGUUAAAUAAAUACAAACUGAAUAGAAUGAAUACAUACUCAUUAUCUUAUAAAUGUAGGAAACCCUUUUGGGAGGCUUCAUAAUACAAAAAAAAUAAAGAUAUUGAGCUUUUUUUUUUUUUUUUACAUCGGCUGUCAGACAGGUACAAACGGAACUUUUGAUUUCAUACAAACUGCAGUGAAACAGCCCUUUACACUUCCAUCAAACAAUUCUGUUAAUGAGGAAACUCUCUCAGGUUUAUUCAGCUUCUAUCCCAAAUCAACCCGAGGAGGUGAACAGAUUAAACCUGUUGAAUAAGAGAAAGUUUCACGUUGUCUUUGUGUGUUCAUGUCUUCCAGGCUGAGGGGGACACAGACAGCUUGUUUUCAGUCCAGAGCUCCAUCAGCCUCAGAGAGCAGCCUGCAGCCAUCAGAUCCAGCCUCAGACUCGGGGUAAACCUGACCUGGAAGUUCAGGUCUUUGUCUCAAUAAGCAGCAUGUCUGAACUCUGUAGGUUUGUGUCGUUUUUCAUCCCUGCGAGUCCAGACAGAAAGAAAACCAGUUUGAAUGAUUAUGAAGAAAUCCGACAUCUGGAAAUCAAGUAGAAAUAAUUCCACCUUUGUCAAAAAUAUCAGCAAGCCAAAAGUAGUCAGGUUGAAGCGAACACAGGCUGGUGUUUCUCCGCUUCUGUAAAGUCACCUCCACAGUAAUAUUUAACUGCAUGAGAUUAUAUCAAUAAGAACCUGAACCUUUAAAGGUCUGGUGUAACUACAGGAUAGACUGAUGCACCAAAAAGCUUGUUUUAUCUUGUUGUGUUUGAAUGAAGAGACUCUCGAUAGUCUGUCUGUGAACAGAAGUUGAUAUUCUCCUCAGGAAAAAAAAAAAAAAAACUUUGUUUAGCAGAUUUUCGCUUCGCUUCUUUUUAAAGAAUUAUUAUUAUUUUUAUUAUUAUUAUCAUUGUUAUUAUUAUUUUUAUUAUUAUUAUCAUUGUUAUUAUUAUUUUUAUUAUUAUUAUCAUUGUUAUUAUUAUUUUUAUUAUUAUUAUCAUUGUUAUUAUUAUUUUUAUUAUUAUUUUUAUUAUUAUUGAUGUUAUUGAUGUUGUAAUGUCAUGCUUUGGCAAUAUUGUUCAAACAGUCAUGCCAGUAAGGCCUAUUGAAAUUGAAAUUGAAAUUGAAAUUGAAAUUGAUCUGUUUCAGUCAGCGUAUCACAAACAAAGCAGCGGAUCAGGAGCAUAGAUAUAGGAUAAAACAACCCUGACUUGUGUUUUCUCUGUAGGAGGUGACUCCGAUGGAGGAGGUGCUGAGUGUGGAGAGGAGAGAGGAGCAGAGGAGACGCUGGCUGGAGGAGCUGGACCGACAGAGAGAGGAGACGACAGAGCGCAGGAGGCGAGAGAAAGUGCUGCAGAGUCAGGUGGAUUCACAGAUUCAAACCCUGCUGCGUGUUAUACUUGACUCUUCUUCUUCUUCAGUUUUGUUUUCAUCAUGUCUUUGUUCGUGUUUACCUUUGCAGACGGAGGACCACGAGCUCUGGGCCACACAUUUUGACUCCCUGCACAGAAAACCUCCCGAUCUCAGGACUGCAGCUCCAUCAGCUCCACCUCCAGCCCCGUCCAGCAGCUCGGAGCGAGGGGAGUGGGAGCCCUCGUCCAGCCUGUCUCUGGUGUGGGAGGCCCUGAGCAGUUGUGGAGCGGAGAGUGUGGGAGGAGCCAGCAUGGAUAUGGUCAGUGGAUACCCCACCAGAGCCAGGUAGGAGGGAGGGAGGAGGAAAAAGGAGGCAAGAGGUUUGAUAGCAAGACUUUUUCAUCCAAGUUGAUUUUUUUUUCUACUCCUGUGAUUAUUCCAGUCAUCUGAGGACCAUGACAGCCCUGCUGGACCCCGCACAGAUAGAGGAGAGAGAGAGGAGGAGGCUCAAGCAGCUGGAGCAGCAGGUAGGAGGAGAAGAAAGAGGAAGGAGGAGGAAGAAGAGGAGAGAGGGUUUUAUUGCACAUGAACGUCUUACUGUCUUUUUCCAGAGAGACAUCGAGGCUCAGAUGGAGGAGCGCAGGCGGCAGAGGGAGCAGGAGGAGGCGAAGAGGAAGGCGGAAGAGGAGGAGGAAGAGAGGAGGGUGGCUGAGGAGAGAGAGAGGCUGGAGAGGAAGUACAAACAGGACACACAGAGGGAGAGGCAGAAGGUCAGGACACGAGAAAACGCUUUUAUGUUUGACUCGUUCAGGAGUUAUUGUUGUUCUGCAUGUGGCUGUACUCACGUGUGUGUGUGUGUGUGUGUGUGUGUGUGUGUGUGUGUGUGUGUGUGUGUGUGUGUGUGUGUGUGUGUGUGUGUGUGUGUUGUAGUCAAGUCAUCAGGCAGCAGAACAGCUGAAGGAAAAUCACGAUGAGGAAAGUCCUCAGCAGACGCAGGAUGUAAGAGGUGAGUCGAGCUUCUGCGCUGAAAAUGAAUCAAAAUGAUUUCAUAGAAAUUUAGUUUCAUUUUAAAUCAUUUUCUGAAAAGAAAAAAAAAUACUAAAAUGAAAUGUUUCUCUAAAACUUUGUCUUUUUCAGUCAUUUAUAAAAGCAGAUGCAAAUAUUCUUCACUAAAGAAUUUGCUAUGAUUAUUUUUCACCCUCUUUGACUGAAUGUUCACUUUGGUUACAGACCAAACAAAACGUUUUGAUUUCAAACUCAUGAAUCGUAGGUUGAAAAACGUUCAGGUCGGCGCCUCUUAACUUUCAGUCUGUUUUUUAGACGUUUCCAGACAUGACGCGUGUUUGGAGGAGAAGGAGGUCAACAGUUUGAUCUCUCCGUACAAAGACACUGCUGUUCAAACAGGUAAAAGACCCCUCCCCCCCUCUUUAUAAAGCAGAAUUUGUCCGCCUCUUCUCAUUGACUGUUUUUAUCAUUUGUUUUAAGUCUUUAGAGUGAAAAUCUCUGACGUGUCCCAUCUCCUCCCUUUGCAGAAGGAGCUCCCCCUCUCCCUCUUCAGACUCCUGCCGUCUCUGCACCUCACCAGCCGCCUCCUCCUCCUCUGCCUGCUGCUCCUCUAAACAGCAGGAGCCGAGCAGGGAGAGCAGGGAAGGAGAACAUCUGUGUACAAGCAGGAAGAGGAGGAGGAGGAGGAGGAGGAGGAGGAGGAGGUGGAGACCCAUACGAGGCGUUUGCUCGGACAGAGAGGAGCAGAAGGGACAAGAGGAGGCCGGAGUGGAACACACAGAGGUGAAAACGUUUCUCUGAUCCUGACUCCAGUUUGACACAGACGGUCUGAAGUGGGUCCGCUCAGUUCCAGCUCACUCUCUGCCCUCUCUCUCUUCAGACCCAGCAGACGCUUCGUCCCGGCGUCUGAGCGUUACCCGGCGUCUCUGCAGAGACACAGACAGGAGAGUCGGCUGAAGAGACAAGCUGAGCUCCUCGCUCUGCAGGAGAGGACUUGUCUGUCCCUGACUGACCCUCCUCCUCCUCCUCAUCUUCCUCCUAUUCCUCUUCAGAACCAGGAACCCUAUCUCCUGAACCCUGCACAGACCAGAACCAGUCCCAGCAGGAAGGUAGGAGGCUUUAUGGUUGGUUUACUCAAAAGGAUAAAUAUCGCACAUUUCCUCUGCAGCGUCAAACUUUGUGUGCUGAGUUUUCUGCUUUUGUCGAUCAUUUUUGUGUUUUUUAUUGUAACCGUUGCAGGCGGAGAGUUUCACCACAGGACACAACAACCCUGCCGCUGUCAGCUCUGACAGGUGAGCCGCUCUGGGUUUGAGUUUUCUGUUCAAAGCUCCUGAAACAAAACUCUGUGUUCGAGUGGGUUUUUGAGUCUUCAGAGUUUCCAUCCUCGCUGGUUUUUAUCCCCAACAUGUAAAAGUGGUUUUCUGACACAGAAUCUCAUCCUGCUGUCUUUAAAAAGUGAAAUUAAUCACUCUGGAGGAUAUUUACUGAUAUUUAAAAACUGUUGUUUCCCAGCCUGUUUGUCUGACACUGACUCCCAUACAUGUAAGAAAACUCUAAAAGAACUGUAGAUCUGUAGGAGCCAAAAUAUAUUUAUUGAAAGUUUUAGUUUGUAGGCACAUCGCUUUCAGGACCGUCACUGAGGGGUGUGGGUUUGGGAUGUUUAUGUAAAAACUCACAGGUGCAGUCAGACAAUGGUUUUGGUAAACACUUAAAUUAUCUGUUGACCGCGUUUUGAACGUUUUGACUGUUUUUUGACUGUUUCUCCUCGUUUUUCACUUUUUCAUUCAUUCAUCCUGUUUUAACCUCAUUUCAUCUUUUCAGCUGAAGGCUAAAGUAUUGGACCCGGAGCAGCGUGUUUUCUUUCCCUUUUUUGAACAAUAAAUAAUUUUUUCAAACACUCAAAUCGGACUGAUCAUUCAAGCGAGUCACAGAUGCAUGUGAGUCUAAACCCCAGCAGCCUGUUUUUGUUGAAGGAAAGCAGUUGCUACAUGAUGGUUUUUUAAAAAAUUACAACUUUGAGGAUUUUACAGGCAGUAAGUUCAAGGCUGUAAACUUCACUGUAAUCGAUCCAACAGUUUGACCUCCUGGAGAAUCUGUCCAUCAGCUGCAGAAAGAAUGAAGACAAAGAAAAAGUCCCGUUUUCAUAACAACCUAAAUGUUCCUCAGUUGACUCCUCUGUUCUGGUGUCUCCUACAGGGGGCGCUCUCCUGCCGUACCCACUGUCAGACACAGAAUCCAGAGUCAUCAGGCCCCGCCCCCCACUACCCCCCCUCCUCAUCCUCAUCCUCCCUCUCCUCCUGCUCUGGACUUCGUCCCAUAUGUCCGGACUGAUGAAGUCUUCAAUCUGGAUCCGCUGGAGCCUGCAGACACCCCCCCACCUCUCACACACACAGGUCAGACACACUAAGAGUUCGAUUUAUGUUAAUAGAGUUAAGUUAUUAUUGAGAAUUGUUAAUUAAACUGUAUUUCCUCCUCUCCAGAAGCUCCUCCUCCUCCUCACCGGCACCCCCUCCUCCAGCCUGACCUACGGCGCACCACACAAACACACAGACAGCAGGAGAUACUCAGAGGCCUGGCACAGCUACGGCAGGUAUGACACACACACACACACACACACACACACACACACACACACACACACACACACACACACACACACACACACACACAGUCACACUUUGAAUUUGUCUGUUGGACUGAAAAGGCGAUGGAAAUGACGACAGUGACGGUUUAAUCUUUACGUCUCCUCCUUCAGCGGUUGUCCAUGUAUUACAGGGUUUAACCGCCUCUGUCUGUUUUCUAAGUAUAGCUGUCCCACGUGUUUCUGUGUUUUCAGGGUUUACUACAGAAGCAGAGGGAACUGGAGAUCGAUCUGAAUCCUCUACUAAAGCGCCAUGACAACCAGCUCAGAGCGGCCUCUGCAUCUCACCGGAUGUGACCCCUGACCUCUGCUGGAUGAAAAAGACUGUUUGUUUCCACCAGUGACUGGGGAGGACGUUAAAUAGGAAACCUUUACUGACCUCUGAGGAUCACAGGAGCUGGCUGAGUCCUGAUACUUGAAAUGAGAAGUUUAAUGUGCCAUAAAGACGAGUCUGGACCACCGACGUCUCACCUGAAAAAUAAACCGACGGACUGCAGCAGGUAAUUCAGAUCAAGACAAACUGGAGGUCUGACUGUCAAAUCUAAUCUGACCAUUUUAAUCUGAUCAAAUCACUUUAAAUAUCCGGAUCCUGAAACCAGAGGGGAGGGUUUUUCGACAUUAACACAAAAUUUAGCAAUAAUUACAUUUUCACUUCUAAAAUCAUCUCACUGUGUUCAGUCUGGAAAAAAAACACUCAGAGCACAUUUGAACUGUAUUCUCUCAGUCUCAAUCAGUUUUGAACUCACACGAAACUGAAACAUGAGCUAAAGACCAACACAAGCAUUAGACUGAGUGUUUUAUCAUCUUUCUCAGAUUUGGCGACCCCUACAGUUUCACCUCAAAUCUUGUCUUGUACAUCAUAUUUGGCGCUAUGGGUCUGUCCUGAGAGCUCCCUGCUCUUCUUUAUGUGAACAUGGACUAUCAAAUCCUUAGUCAGUGUGAGCAGCAGCAAAAAAAACCCAUGAUGCACCAUGGGCUGAGCUUGACAACGUGGCCUGCCUGAACUAACUCUGUGCUUAUUUCACAUCAUCUUCAGCCUCUUUACCCGCAAUACUUCUGAGAGCCACAAGGGGGAGGCUCAGCUGGUUUUAAAUGAAAAACAACAUUAAAGGGAUAUUCUGGCAUAAAAUUAAGUUGGGGUUAAACACACCGUAACACAGAGUUAGACACCCCCUCAAGAGAUGAAUCUUGCCGACCGCUCACUUCUCUAGUUACACCAACUUUAGUAACGACCGCAGAAAGCAAUACAGAGAACCAAAAAGCCACUCUAUAGCCACAAAUAAUGCUCAGAACAGCACCUAACUUCAUCAACAGGACAUAUAGGGUCCCAGCCAUAGAACUAGACACCAAACAUCUUUUUACCUUUGCCUGAUUUCUUUUCAUUUAUUCAAUCAGACCGAGACGCUGUGGCAGAAGAACUACAAGAACAGUCGUUACUAAAGUUGGUAUAACUAGAGAGGAAAGCACUCGGCAUCAUUCAUCUCUUGACGGGGUUUUCAACUGGGUGUUACGCUGUUAUUGACCCUAACUUAAUUUUACGCCGGAAUAUCCCUUUACUUAUCAGCUUAGUAAGACUUACCUGAUGAGUUUAUGAUCAUCACCUCGAGUUUCGAGUCUCCACCAACCUGACAUUGUGUUUCUUUUGGUCUGAUUCAAAGAAAAGUUGAUGAGUGUGGAGUGGGACUGAACCUUCUUGAGAAGUAUAUAAAACUUUUCUUUGUGUGUUUUCAAAGUUUAUUCAUGUAAAGAAAGUUUUAACCUCCAUUUAACAGUUUCAACACUCAGUUUAUCCAGCUCGACUUCAAUACGGCUCGUAUUUGUUCUUCUGCAGCUUUGUAAAAGCUCAAAGGGUCUCCGGCUGCUCUUUCAUAAGCCUAAUUUGGUUUUGCAGACAUUAAAUGUAAAGACUGUAUUUGAAUAAUCGUUGUUAAAGCACUUUUUAAUGAGACUGUACCGUACAGGUGUUGAAUUUGACUUUUUCUCCUCUCCUGGAGUCGGCGGUACAUUCAUGAAUAUUUUUAUUCUCUCAGCUUCCUGCAGUUUGAGGAGCUCCAUGUUUCUAUUUCAGCUUUUGUGUUGUUAUCUGCUGGUUUGACUGAAUCAUUUUGUAUUUAUUCCAAAUGUAAUCAAUGAGGUCAGUCUUUACAGUGAGUCUGAGUGUUGUGAACCAAGUUUAAAGCCAAGGCACACUUUUCAGACGGCAGAUAAACUAUUUUUGUGUGUGUUUGUGUUGAUGUGUUUUGUUAAAUAAACUGCUGUCUCAAAAAGAAAAA